AUGGAGGUUCUUACAACACCACAAGGGAACAAAUUCGAUGAGUUUGCCGCGCUGAUAAGCACUCUCAACACCAAUUACGGCCUCGAACUUCCCGAGAAGAAGAUUGACUGGUCACCUCAGGCUUGGAAUAAUGAUGACUCGAGGAACGGACUAUCAUGGCACAGUCUACGAAAGCUUCGAUACCUGUUCUUUCGCAACAAGGAUAGCGUCGACAGAGCAGUCGAGGACUUUAGCGAAUGGGUGGCGGGACAAACGUUACCAGUUCCAAGGAGCGAGAACGGACCGGCCCGCGGGUCACGACUUCGACUUCGAACACGGCAACGCAGCGAGGAACCAGUCCUAAGUGACAUUGAAAAAGAUAAACGACUCAAAUACUUAGUAGAACUCGUUCGUCGGGAACUCUACCUUUUGGAAAAUGACGCCUCAAAACGAAAUCCCGAUACGACCCCGCCGUCGGAGAAGAGCAGAAUCGCCUCGCCAAAGAGGCGGCGACUCUCUGAGGAUGAGGAUGAAGAUGAUGAGUUUCAUACGGCCCCAAAUUCGCCCAUCAAGAUGAAUGGCCAUGUAUCUCAGGCUAUGCCACCACCAUUAACUACUAACCGUCUGGGCCAAUCUUUCAGGCCUGCUGACUUCGAUUCCCACGACCAGCGGGAUACCGAUCCGACCAAGCCCAUGAGCUUUUUGGACAAACUCACGCAGCAUCUGCCACAGCCAAAUGACCAAAGUCGGCUUCACUACGAGUCUUGCUACGCCUAUGGACUCUGUCUUCCGGCGCAUGGCGGGUACGCAGAACGGUCUUUCGAGACUGAUGCCACAGAUACGCAGUCCACAUAUGCAGACUCGAUUUUCGAGGUAACGUUUAAUGAGGCUGCAAAAACAGCCUCCGACCCGGAAUUCAUUCGACGAGAUUUCUGUGACAGAAUCACGGAAAAAUUACAGCAAAGAGGGCCUUUCUCCUGGAGUCAUCCUUUCCCUAACACCAUCUCCCUCCUUCAUCGGUAUGAAAUGGAGCGAAUAGGACGGGCGUGGGAUGUACGACUGGAGGAUUUGUUUCGUGGCAAGGAAAUGCCUUCCACGUUCAAUGACUACAAUCAGUUCUGGGGUCUGAUUGAAACAGCAUGGGAUGCUGCGGUCGGUGAUUUCAAAACGGACAGACACUCCGAAGUUGUAGUCUCAACUGGCGAACUAAACUGGAUUUCAUUUGACGAGGGACUCUUCGACUUGAAGCUGAAUCCUCCCAAGGCAGAGAAAACAUGUCGCUUUCAUCGGCGCUUUGGGUCUGAUCGAUUUCUGACGCUGACAAUAUCCACCUUGUCCCGUCCUCCAUUUGAAAUCCGUUUACCAUCCCAACCAUCUCUUCUCCGUGAAUGUAUUUCUGCAUGGCUCAUUCUCAAUGAACAUCGAUGCCUUGGACGAACAUGGAGACCGUUCUUUAACAAGAGCAAGACUAAAUUAGUCCCUCGGUUCCGAAUUGAGUUCCUUGUCGUUGAUGGCAUAGAUUUCUGGUCCAAAACUUUCGUUAUGUCACCGUGUUGCACCACCCCGUCAGCCAAGUUAUAA